AUGACGGAGAAGAAAGGUGAUGGCGAUGCCACCGCCAAGAACAACAGCAGCAACAAGGUAUGGAAGCGUCCAGUCAAGAGAUCGUUCACAGGCGCUGCCGCCGCCAAUGCCGCCGCCGCUGCGGUGCGCUCCAGAUCCUCGCAGAAAUCCUCCAGAUCCAGCCUCACUCUCGCUCCCAAGGCCAGCAACGCGAUCAAUUCCCAGAAUCCCACGCCAGCGUCCCUGGAGAUCGUCCCCGACGAGGCGCUGGGCAAUAUUUUGGGGCGGAUCUCCGACGGGAGAAUGCUGGCCCGGUGCGCGGGCGUGUGCCGGCGGUGGCGUCGCGUCUGUCGCCAAGUCCCGGUUCUGAAGCUCGUGCUAAGGAAGAUGCAAGCUUGGCAGGCGGAGGGCGUCAUCUCGGCGGCGCUGCUCGAGAGGAAAGGCCUGCGGGACUUUGAAGUGAGAUUUGUGUGCCCGAGAAAGUAUGCCUCGGAGGGAGUCCGCGAGAGCCGCGUCUUUGGCUGCCUGUGGAGGCUCAGCUCCAGCAUCGAGACGCUGGCUUUGAUCUGCCCAAACACCGUCUACUUCAAGCUCUGGACUUGGCUCGCAAAGUUCCCACGCCUGCUCAGCUUGAAGAUCCACUGCGGGAGGAUCGAAGAGAACCCGUUGAACAACUGCCUGAAUCAGCUCCGGCGCUGCGAGUUCUCCCGGACGAUCAUCGCGGAGCCGAUGCUCGAGGACCUCGUCAAGUUCUCUCCAGUUCUCGAGGAGCUCGUGGUCGUGGGCUGCGACCCGAUCGAGUCCCUGGCGCUGGAGAGCUCGAGCCUCCGGUAUCUCAACUUGGUGGCCACCGCGGAGUAUCCAAUGAAGAGCUUGGAGCUCCUCACCCCGGGGCUCAAGGAUCUCUACAUUUGUCACGUCGAGGAGCUCCAAGUGAAUGGCUACGAGCUCGUCCAUCUCGGGAUCUACUCGGCGUGCCAGCCUCGCAUCUCGAGCUUGCAUCAUCUGCUCAGCUUGGAGACGGAUGGCAAAGGCUGGGCUCUGGAAUCUAUAGAACACAUCGUCUGUGCUGCUCAAGUCGUCCGCCACCUUGUGAUCAAGGCUUCCAUCUCCGAGACGAGGCCUCUCCGGAUCGAGCACUACUUGUCGCCGAUGUUUUGCUUGCAAGCCGUGAUCCUCGAGUCCAAUCUUCUCGAGUGCUUUUGCCGUGGCUUUGCGGAGAUACCAUUCGAUGGAGACGAGCCAGUGUUUGCUCUCAAGAAGGUUGCAGUGAAGCUCUCGGAGGAGACACGGGACUGCACGGGGCUGCUCAAGGCUCUGGUGAGCUACUGCCCGGAUUUACAGAUCUUGGUGGUGGAUACGACGGAGCUCGAGCUUGGAAAUCUCAGCGAGCUCCAGCAGCUCAAAGAUCAGGAGCAGUCUCCCCAGCGGCGAGUUCUACUCUAUAGUGAUCCCAAAGACCAGCGGUUAGUGAAAGAAAUCGCCGAGAUCCUUGCAGCGGACUCCAAAAAGGUUUGAAUUUAGAAGCCGCAAAUGCACACCACAGAUACGGUGAAUUUUCGUUCUAGAGUAUGAUCUCUAAUGAGAGUCGUUCCUUUUUCCAUGCUUUCUUGAUC